AUGGCGGCGGCGGCGGCGACGAGUGAGCAGGUCGGCCAGAGGGAAAACAAGGGUGUGCUGACGAGUUUGACGGGGCUGGGGGCGUCCGAACGGUGGUUGGAGCGCCAGUCACUUCUCUACACGAGUCACUACUGCGAAGAAAACGUGUAUAAGCUCCUGGAACGCGUGCAGCAGCACCAUCCCGAGCAGCUUGAUCGUUGGUACGCGCUCUUCCUCAGCAACCAGGCCAGGCACAUGGCCAUCUUUGCCCAAAGCCUGGGCGACCCUGUGCGAGGCUCGGUGGUGGUGUGGGAUUAUCACGUCAUUGCCUUGCGCCUUGGUGCAGCCCAUCCCUCUGCGGCAGAGGACCUGGUCUUUGACUUUGACUCGGUGCUGCCCUUCCCUUGUGACGCCGAAACCUACCUCAAUGCGACCUUUCCCUAUAGCUUCCUCGAUUUGGCCCACAACAUGCGAGCUCAGGUUCACAUGGUUCCCGCCAAGCAAUUUCUGAGCACCUUUGCCUCCGACCGCAGCCACAUGCGUCGUCACGAUGGCAGCUACACCAAACCGCCCCCACCUUAUCCCUGCAUUCACAGUCCUGAUGCUCCGUCCACCAACAACCUUUCCGCCUUUCUGGCCAUUCGAGGUGCCCAGGAUGUGGGACCCGUCCCCGCCAGCCUCCCGCAUGCCCCGGAUGCCACCCAGCAUGCAGCACAACGGGGGGAUGAACACGGACACGAUCAUCAAUCACGCCCAUCUACCAGAAGCAAAAGCGCGCGACCCUCAGGCAUUGCACCGCCCAUGCAUGGGCCCGGUUCUCACGGUAUCAGCCCCGUACACGCCGAUGAGAACCUAUGGCUGACCAUAUCAGAGCUACGCCAACACCUGCAAUGA